AUGUCGUCCAACGAUAUUUCGUUCGUUAAAAGUGAGAAAGCUAAAGGUAAAAAAAGAUUGAAUACAGUUACAGAUAAACCAGAAAUUAAUGAUAUUUUUGAGAAAGUAAAUAAGAGGAUUAAAACACAAGAGAUUGAAAAUAAUAAAAUUUUUUCUAAACUUUCUGAUAAUGAAAAAGAAAUUGUGGUAAAUGCCAGAAGUGAACUAGAAAAAAUGUCUUUUCUCCAGAUUCGAGCUUUACACGUUGCCUUGAUACUUCGUAAAAAUAUUUUCCUAACAGGUGAUGCGGGAACAGGAAAGACACGAGUUCUUAAGUUUAUAAUAGCCUAUUAUAGUAUUAUCCAUCAAGUGAAUAUUGAGAUUACUGCAUCUACCGGUAAGGCAGCGCUUGAAUUAAAAUCGUCUGAUAAAGGUUACUGUGAUUGGCUAAGAAAAGUGCGAGCAAUAAUCAUAGAUGAAUGUUUGAUAGUUAAUGAUGACCUUCUCGAUUCUAUCAUCCACCUAUUUACAAGAAGUGGAAUAACCGAACUAGGUAAAGUGCAUUUCAUAAUCACCGGUGACUUUUUCCAACUUCCACCAGCAUCGGGUGGAAAAGAUAUGAUCAUCACCGGGCUCGAUACAUCAGAUUACAUAAAAGAGAUUCGUAAUAUCGAUCCUAGUUUACGAAUGAUAAAACAAAUAACAAGUAGUGAAGAUUCAAGA